GGAAGCCAUCAGGGGAUGCAGUGUAGUUCACAGUAUAGGAAAGCAAAGGACUUUGCUGUGUUCUUUAUGCUUGGUGACAUAGCUGGUGACCAGUGGCAUUACAUCUGCUCUGCCAUCUGAGGACAAUAGCUCUGAGUUGAGUCCUCACCAGCCCAUGGCAGAUUGACUAUUUGGGCAAACACUACUGCAUCAUUAAAUAGAAGAUCCCAUCAUCUGACACCAGCAGCAAACUCAAACCAGAAAAUAACAAUGGUUGACACAGAAAUGCCAUUUUGGUCCAUGAAUUUUGGUGUUAGCUUGGGUGACCUCUCUGGAAUUGAUGACCAUCCCCAUGCCUAUGAUAUAAAACCAUUCACAACAGUAGACUUUUCUAGUAUUUCUACCCAACAGUAUGAAGAUAUUCUUGAUGACAAAAGUUUUAUCAACAAAAAUGACCAGUCGACAUAUGACUUUAAGUAUGAUCUGAAGCUACAAGAAUGCCAAAACACAAUAAAAUUAGAGCCUCCUUCACCUCCUUAUUAUUCUGACAAAACACAGUCCUUCAACAAAAGUCAGGAAGAUGGCUCCAAUUCUUUUAUGGCCAUUGAGUGCAGAGUUUGUGGAGACAAGGCUUCAGGGUUCCACUAUGGCGUUCAUGCUUGUGAAGGUUGUAAGGGAUUCUUCAGAAGAACAAUACGGUUAAAACUUGUUUAUGAGAGAUGUGAUCUGAACUGUAGGAUUCACAAGAAGAGCAGAAAUAAAUGUCAGUACUGCAGGUUCCAGAAGUGUCUCUCGGUUGGCAUGUCCCAUAAUGCUAUCAGGUUUGGCCGUAUGCCACAAGCAGAGAAGGAGAAGCUUUUGGCAGAAAUAUCUAGCGACAUGGACCAUCUGAACCCUGAGUCUGCUGAUCAGCGGGUCCUAGCCAAGCACUUGUAUGACUCAUACAUGAAGUCCUUCCCCCUCACCAAAGCCAAGGCGAGAGCCAUCUUAACAGGAAGAACGACAGACAAAUCACCUGUUGUUAUAUAUGAUAUGAACUCACUCAUGAUGGGAGAAGACCAGAUCAAAUAUCAAUAUUUGUCUCCUUUCCAAGAGCAAGAUAAGGAAGUUGCCAUCCGAAUCUUUCAGAGAUGUCAGUCUCGCUCAGUGGAGGCUGUACGUGAAAUUACUGAAUUUGCCAAAAGCAUUCCAGGAUUUGUAAACCUUGAUUUAAAUGACCAAGUAACUCUGCUAAAGUAUGGUGUGCAUGAGAUCAUCUUUACUAUGUUGGCUUCACUAAUGAAUAAGGAUGGAGUAUUAAUCGCUGAUGGACAAGGAUUUAUGACUCGGGAGUUUCUGAAGAGCUUACGGAAGCCAUUUUGCGAGUUCAUGGAACCCAAGUUUGAAUUUGCCAUACGGUUUAAUGCGCUUGAACUGGACGACAGUGAUCUAGCAAUCUUUGUAGCCGUCAUCAUACUUAGUGGAGACCGACCUGGAUUAAUAAAUGUAAAACCUAUUGAAGAUAUCCAAGAAAGUUUGCUACAAGUGUUAGAAUUACAGUUGAAACUCAAUCACCCAGACUCUUCUCAGUUAUUUGCUAAACUUCUACAAAAAAUGACGGACCUUAGACAAGUUGUGACAGAACACGUUCAGUUGUUGCAAAUUAUAAAGAAGACUGAAGCCGAUAUGUGCCUUCAUCCACUCCUGCAAGAGAUUUACAAAGAUCUUUACUGACCCCCCACCUCCCCCCCCCCCCCGGCUUUUUUUAAUGAUGUAUUUUCUACAUUUUGCACUAUUUUUAUGGAAUAAAAAAAAACCAACAGUUAAUGCCAAAGAUAUUACUGUGAAACAGCCUUAUGGAAUGAUACAAAUCAUUACUAGAAUAGGUCUACUAUAUGCAACCAGUUUAUAAAAGCACAUGCACAUUUCGUUUUUGUUUUUUUAAAUAUUAAAGUGUCUAUUAUAAAAA